AUGGCUUGCGCCUCUCUGAAGUGCGCCCUCCCGCAGCGCGCGCUGUUGGUCUUCGGAGCGCGGCGCUGCUGCCCCGGGGCACAGGACCUGGCCCAGGCGGCGGGGCGCUCGCGAGACGGGUGCAUCCGGCGAGAGAUCCGGAGGGCCGCCCGGGGGGCGGGCGGCAGCGGGGCAUUGGGCGGGCCGGAGAUCGCUGAGAUGGUGGACGGCGGGAGGGCGGGGGCGGACGUGAGCUUCUUCGCGGGCGCGAUGCCGAAGGAGGAGAUCGGCGCGCUGAGGCUGCUGAAGGAUCAUCCCGAGUUCGACGGCAGAGGAGUGGUUGUGGCCAUUUUUGACACUGGCAUCGACCCAGGUGACCAGCGGUGGAUCGCACCCAAUCGCCGCGAGAACCGUCGACGCCACUUGCAGCUGGGGGCGGCACCAGCUUCCGGGUGGCAUUGGCUGGGGAUCGCUGGCUUGCACAACUGCCUCACAUGGCUUGGCAAAUACAUCCCAAGUCGCCAAUCAACCACGUCAUCGAUUCUGGCACUUGAACCUAUCGAGUGA